GAAUACAAUCUAAUCUUGAGCUGCAGACCAACGACCAUGGAGAGAACCCUCGUUUUACUUUUAGCUUUUACAGCUGUUGAGGGGUAUGUUGGAAACCAUAUUUUUGUCAAUCAGGAAGUCAAUUGGGAAGAGGCUCAGAAAUACUGUAGAGCCAAGCACACUGAUCUCUCCUUUAUUAGGAGCCAGAGUGAUCUAGAAAGGAUCCUAUUGGUGUCAAAUGAAAAGACCCGCGACGGAUGGAUCGGUCUCCAACAAGAUCCCAGCGACCUUGCAGCCUGGUUGUGGUCAGGAGGCAGCAGCAUUACAUUCCAAAACUGGGAGCAAGGUCAGCCAGAUUACUAUAAAGAAAUCGAGGACAGAGGACAACUCACAGAUUCUGGAAAAUGGAAUGAUAGAAGCCCUUCAAGUACCUGGAAUUUUUAUUGCAUCCAAAUUACCGUGACGGUCGAGCUGAUGUCCUGGCAGGAGGCUCUGGAGCACUGCAGAGAGCACCACACUGACCUCAGCAGCAUGGUCUUUGAGACCGAGAACCUUCUGGCCCUGAGGGAGAUGAAGCCCCUCAACAUUGACCGGGUGUGGAUCGGCCUGCGUUACCUGGGGGACCGCUGGCUGUGGGUGAACGGGGACCCCCUGGAGUAUGAGGCCUGGGGAGGAGUUCAGGACCACCAGUGUCCGUUAUUGAAACGCUGUGGAGCUUUUACCAUAAGGGGGCAGUGGGAGAACCGGGACUGCCAGGAGAAACUCAACUUUAUCUGCUAUUAAUAUAUCUGUUAUAUUAAAAUAGGAUCUGUUGCUCGUACUGACUUAGAUUACAAGAAAGGAACUGCAAGAGGUCAAAUGUAACCUAAAUGCAGAGGAAAGAAAUAAUAUAUUACACUACAUAAUCAUUCCAUUCCAUUCUUAUAUUGUAUUUGCUUUGGUUUUUGCUGUCACGUUUUCCUUGUUUGCGUGUACCACCAUGUAUCUUCUUCAAAGACCUGAUACUAGGAAAUUAAGGUCAAGUUGUUUUGGAAUAACAGUGAUGACAUGUUAACUUGCUCGACAAAGAACUUCCAGCGUGCUAUGAAUGUUGACUAAUUUAUGUAUUUAUUUAUUUAUUUAUUCUCUACUGACUCAACACCUUCUCAGAUGUUAUGACACAAAAAAGCCAGUGUAAAACGUAUUUGCAUGCAAACACUGGAUUUUUGACAUUUAA